CUCGCUCCGUGCUCCGCCGCCUGUCGCCGGUGCACGGCCAUGGCGAGCCUCCUGCUGCAGCGGAUUGCUGCCGCCCGCCGCCGCCUCCUCCUCCACCCCCCGCCGGCCCCGGGUCCUGCGGCGGCGCGGCGCGGUAGCUCGGCGCUGCCCGCCGCCCUCGUGCGCCGGGGCGGCCUGGUGGGCGGCCGCUGGCUAGAGGCGCCCGCCGCUUUCCCCGUGGUGGACCCGGCCAGCGGCGAGGAGCUGGGCCGGGUGGCCGACUGCGGGCCGGCCGAGGCGCGGGCGGCCGUGCGGGCCGCACACGAAGCCGGCGCCGCCUGGGGCCGCCUCCCCGCCAAGGAGAGGAGCGGGCGGCUCCGCAGGUGGUACGAGCUGAUGCUGGAGAACAAGGACGAGCUGGCCAGGAUCAUAACGGCCGAGAACGGGAAGCCUCUGAAAGAAGCACAGGGUGAAAUCUUGUAUUCUGCCUCAUUUCUGGAGUGGUUUGCGGAGGAAGCUCGCCGGGUUUACGGAGAUGUCAUUCCAGCAUCUGCGAAAGACAGAAGAAUCCUGGUGCUGAAGCAGCCAGUAGGAGUGGCAGCCAUUAUAACCCCAUGGAAUUUCCCCAGCGCUAUGAUUACCCGGAAGGUUGGAGCAGCUCUGGCAGCUGGCUGUACGGUGGUAGUGAAACCUGCAGAGGACACACCUCUAUCAGCAUUAGCUCUUGGGGAGCUUGCAAACCAGGCUGGAAUUCCGGCAGGAGUGUAUAAUGUUGUUCCUUGUUCCAGACAACAGGCACCAGCUGUAGGGGAAGUUCUGUGCACUGAUCCUUUGGUAGCCAAAAUAUCUUUCACUGGCUCUACAGCAACAGGAAAGAUAUUGCUGAAACACGCAGCUGGUACAGUGAAGCGAGUUUCCAUGGAGCUUGGAGGCCACGCUCCUUUUAUAGUGUUUGACAGUGCCGAUGUGGACCGUGCUGUUGCAGGAGCCCUUGCUUCUAAGUAUAGAAACUCAGGUCAGACCUGUGUUUGCACAAACCGUUUCCUGGUGCAAAAAGGAAUCCAUGGCAAAUUUGUGGAAAAGUUUGCUAAAGCUAUAGAAAGAGAACUACAUGUUGGAAAUGGAUUUGAUGCAAAAACUACCCAAGGGCCGCUAAUUAAUGAAAAAGCAGUGGAGAAGGUAGAGAGACAUAUUAAUGAUGCAGUUUCUCAAGGAGCAUCUGUUGUGACUGGAGGGAAGCGACACAGCUUGGGGAAGAAUUUCUUUGAGCCAACAUUACUUAGUAACGUUACAACAAAAAUGCUUUGCACCCAAGAGGAGACAUUUGGUCCUUUAGCACCAGUUAUCAAAUUUGAGACUGAAGCAGAAGCUAUUGAUAUAGCUAACGCAGCUAAUGUAGGUUUAGCAGGAUAUUUCUACUCCCAGGAUCCAGCUCAGAUCUGGAGAGUGGCAGAACAGCUGGAAGUUGGAAUGGUUGCUGUUAAUGAAGGAAUACUCUCCUCGGUGGAGAGUCCUUUUGGUGGGGUAAAAGAGUCUGGCUUAGGGCGAGAAGGUUCAAAAUAUGGCAUCGAUGAAUACUUAGAAAUAAAAUAUGUCUGCUUUGGAGGCUUAUAAAAAUCUUCAUAAAGCACAAUCCUAAGAGCUUGGAACAGAGUGUUGUAGUUUUAAUAAGCUUCUUGAACCAGAAAUAUGUAUGAAUUCAACUUCUACCUUCUUUAAAACUAAGCAACCCUGUUCUGUAUGUGUAGAGAUAUUUACUGUAUUCUGUGCUGCCACAUGUCUUUACAUGUUCUGUAUACAUUCAGUUUUUCAGCAAUAUGAUCACAAUGUCCAUCAUUUUUAGUAAUCAGUAGGGAAGAAUCCACAUUUAUUCUUAUUGGAUUACCCCUGUGUAACUGGGAGGACUUGGAGACUUGUGCAUAAUGAGAAUAGAUCGUAACCUAUGGCAAGGGGAAACUAGAUCACUAUUUUCUACUGCCUCUGAUGGUUUCAGCGUGGAUGUGGGAGGCUUUGGGGAAGGCAGUCUCCCAUUAGAAUUUUGUGUAAAUACUCAUGUUUUCUAAUGUGGUUGUGACCUUCUUUUAGAAUCAGGUGUGUCUUUUUUUUUUUUAAUUGUGGGAGAAAGGAGAGGAAUUGCUUUUAGCUUAAGCUGGGUAUCCAUGCAGGCAAACGGGACAGCUUUUUCAGUGCAUAUUAAUGCUGGCUACAGAGCUGCCAGCUGUGCAGCUUUGGGCUUCUGAGCAAAGGGCUGUAACUUGUGCCUGACAGCUUGCACCCCUUGUUUCAUGUCUGUGAGCCCCAGCAGUCCUGGAAACAGGACAGUCCAGGACAAGGAGUGGUUACACAGGUGUCAACUAUGGAGGAAGGUUUAAAAAACUUUGAACAUGGCUAAAGUGUGACCUAAUAAAGAUUUAAAUAGAAGUGAUUAGAGGUGAGACUUCUACACAUCACCUCAGUAUUUUGUCAUCUUCAAAAGAUGAUGUAAAGCUUCCUUAAUACGAAAUAAACAAUGUUGUUUAAACAUUAUUUUAAUGAAAGUCAAAGGAAGUACUUUAAAAAAUGUACAUUGUUAAUAAAUCAGCACUGCAGAGGCUAAAGGGUAUAAAUUUUGUUUCCUGUGUUGGUUAACUUUAUUUGGUGGGACUUUACCCAUUAAUUAUUACAAAUAAAAGAAGGCAACAGAGCUCUUCUUCCUAUACACUAAUGAAUGUACCCUAUGGAAUGGAAUAUUUUAAGGUAUUUUAUCCAAUCAGGCAAAGAGGUACCAGAUAACACAAGACCUGGUCGGGGAACGAGGGGGAAGCAAGCCAGAACUGAGUUUCACAUGAGUUUUUUAAAGCGCACAUAAGGUAGCAGUGACUGCUACUUAUUAUUUCUAAAUAUUUUUUAUGGUUAUAUUUGUGUAACACUUGAGACCAGGUGGGUCUGGAGCACAUGAACUGUCAGUAGAGUGUCUGUGCAUCAUGCCAAGAAAAGGGUGGUUAAAGGACACUUACUGCCCUUCCAAUAAUUUCCAAUGCACCAAAAAUGCACAUUUAAGAUAGUGAGGACUUAAUACCGUUACCAGUUGCAGCAUUUGUGCUUGUUGCCAAGAACAAAAAAAGAAUGGCCUAUUUCUGCACUAGUUGCAAGAAGCUUUCUUAUAGCCAACUUACAAGCUUACACUACCGAGUGCAGAGCCUGCCUGAAUUUGGGGAAUACAGUGUUGUGGAAGAGGAAGCUGUCUGCCAGCCUUGGCUGCCAAUACAUUCUUACUGGAAAGAUUAACUAGGCAGAAGAAGGUCAUAACUUGGUGCCUGGGUACCACAACUGCACAACUUAAAAUAUUUCUGCCUGUGAACUGUAGUAUAAGGCCAAAAUUAAAGUUAUCUCAUUUACUGCGGUAUGACAGUGCAGUCUUGAAUGUGGGUGUACUUCUUGGGACGGUGCAUUUGGAGGAUAAAUUCUUUAACCUGCUGCUCUAUUAAUUGCAGAGUUACUGAUCUGAAUGCAUUGGUGCAUUUUAAAUCUUGAUGUCUUUUCUGAUAAUAGCACUGUUAAAAUUAAUGAGUAAAUGUUUACUUUUUUGGUAGCAAAUAAUACCUUUUACUAUGCCUGAUAACAAGCACAAACCAUAAUUAAAGAUAAAGUAUGUUAAUAAACUUUAAGACUACCUUUGUCUAGAUUGGAUUGUGUUUGGAUUCCAGCAUAGUAUCAUUGUGUCAGUAAGGUCUACAUCAGUUAAGCACAAAAUAAUCUUAAAGUUGUCUUCAUAGAAAAAGCUGUGAUUCUUCAACAAAAGAUAUACUUGAAUUCUCACACCUUAUUUAUGUUUGUUACACUUGUGACAGUUUAGCAGUUUCUGGAUAUUAAAACUGUGAUGGAAAAUAUGUUUUCAGUUAAUAAAUAAGUUCUGUGACAGCA